AUAACAUGGGAUUGUAGUUAUAUAUGGAGGUUAAACUUUCAAAUGCCAGCACUACUUAUCCACCAUGAGAAUGGUUUUCAAAGUCACAUCAUAUUGAACUUGAGCUGUCACACUGAAGGGUGUUCAAAAAGGAUAUUCAACAAGAAAAUAUAAUUUCUUGACUUUAUUUUUCCUUUAUACUUUAAAGUAAACAUGAUUCCUCCAGUAGAAAUGCUUUGCAAAAUGGAUGCUAUAUGGCAAACAAAAUGCCAUUUAAAAAUUUAAGAAAGCAAUCACCAAAUGUGUUUUACAUUUGCUCAGUAAAAUGGAUUAUACUGUGAAAAUAACAUGGUAACUUACCGUAUGCAAUUCUCUAACUUUCAAAUCUUAGACUCAACCUUCCAAGGCCAAGACUAAUGACUAAUCCCAAACAUAUUUCAAGAAGUGCUUAGCUAAGAGUGAUACACCACUUGGGAAAUCCUGGUCACAUCUGGCUAGCAACAGAACCUAGGCUUAAAUCUCACAUCUGAUUCACAGAGCUUUAUCCACUGGCUUUGCAAACUGCUUCACUUGGUACAGAACAGCAAAAUCAACACAUCAUCAUCUUCCAGCACUUUUCCCUAAUGCUUUUAUGGCCAUAUGAACAACACAAGUUUUGUAAUUGCAUUGAUUCAGUCUUCAUCUCAAGUUACUAGUGAUGGACACGUCUCUUGACUGAUAAAAUGAUGACAAACUCUUUUUCUGCCAUACUUUGGUGGCAAUCUUGGAAGCCAAGGUUACAGGGGCAUCAAUCAACAUAUCCACAAGUAAUGGGUAAUGGGUAAUGGGUCCAAUACUUCUAAGUGACCACCCAAUUUCUUCUGAACUUUCAAAGCCUUGAUCCAGUGAUCACAUUAACUAUGUAUCCCAGAGAACCAACUGUUCCUGAAAUGUUUGCAGUGGUCCAAGUGUUAUUCAGGCCUGGGGACAUCUUUGAUCUAUUCGUCGCCACACUGAACCUCCCUGGUCCGUUGUCUCUGUGAAUGGGUGAGGGGUUCAAAUAACACAGCAAGCAUGCAUCCUUGGCAUUGCUUAUUCAUUGCACCCUUCACAAAACACAUGAUGUGACUGCAGCACAUUGUUCAGUCUUGGAAAUAUCCAUCAAUGACCUUGGAAAGACCAUAAUGGCAUUAACCAUCUAAAGGUGGUGAUACAACAUGAAAUUAGGAAUGGAUUAUAAGUACUUAUGCAGCUCCUAAUUAAACAUACAAAGCUGCAGUCUUUAUAACUGACUUUUUGUAGAAGUCCAAAAGUUUAUCCUUCAACAUGAAACGGGUACAAACUGCGCACAUGUGAAAACUAGUCUUACAUAUGCACAUUUCUGCAGCAGCUUUCAACUAUGGCCCAAAGGAAAUAAUAUAUAAAAAAAUAGUUUAAUUUUAUAACACAUUCCUAGUUUUACAUGUUUUACAUAUCUGCAAGGGCAGGAACAGGACAUAACAUGCUCCUGCUUGUAAACCAUCCUGCUUUUGCAUUGUAAAUUCCUACCUGCAACAGAGUAUUUCUGAAAGACAGGGCAGAAAAGAACCCCAUCUUUACAAGGAAAAACAAGCAACAAUGGCAGAACCACAGCAGACGGACUCUACCGUUCAAGACCUUGAAGGAAAGUCUACAAUGUCCCUGGCACCUUCAGUGGUCCCCUGUGUUUCUUCUCCCCCUCACCAAGGCCCAUAUGCUGAUCGCUUCAAGGACAAGCCGGAGGUCAACCCACACUGCCUUCGACCUCAAGAGGGCCCUCGUGUGUCUAACCAGCCACCCCCACACUCCCCAAAGCUCGAGCGACUGGGAAUACAUCCAGGCAGUUUCAUAAAAGGCAGAAACUCAGAGGAGGUACUGUCGAGACACCUUGAAGACCUACGUAGUGAAAAAGCAAGAACUGAAGCCCACUUACAAUCUUUAAAGAAAAGAAGUGCUAAUCUAUCAGUAACUGCCGACACAAUGAAGCAGCAGAUUUCUGAAAAAUACGAAGCCAUAAGAAAAGCUCUGCAUAAAGACGAGAUGGCCAUGCUAGAAACCAUUGAGGAAGACCAAAGAGUAACCAGUGCAAAGCUGAACAAAAUCAUGAAGGAAUGGAGUCAGCAUCUUGGCCAGGUUCAGAGGGCCAUGGCAAAUACACAGAAGGCACUAGAUCAGACCAGAGGAGGCUCCAUACUGCAGGAUAAUCCUGGGGAAUGCAGCUGCCCUAAGAAAAAAGAUGCUGCUGAGCAGGGGAUAAAGAUGAAUGAGGACAGAUUUCAGAGACUUUUGAAAAUACUACACAACAUUUCAAAGGAUCUUGAAGCCCAGAUGCACAGAAAAGUACUCCUGUUGGAUUCUUCUGCAGUGACGAUCGACAGUAAGUCGUCUCACAGAAACAUCGCAGUGUCCAGGGAUCAGAGAAGUAUGUGCUACAGCAGUGAGCCACAGCCUCUGCUAGACAGCCCCCUGCAGUUCGACAAGGUGUGCUGUGCCCUGGGCUCAGCCAGCCUGUCCAAGGGAAGGCAUUACUGGGAAGUGGACUUGAGCUGCUGCUCUGCCUGGAGUGUGGGCAUUGCCUACGGGUCCAUCGAGCGCAAGGGAAACCAGAAGAACGCCAAGCUGGGAAGGAACCGGCACUCCUGGUGCAUCGAGUUCAGGGACAACCAACUGUCCGCUUGGCACAAUGACCACUACAUCAGCUGUGGGAAGAGCCAGGUGGCCAUUAGGAAAGUGGGCAUGCUGGUGGAUUGCCAAAAGGGACAGCUUGCCUUUUACAACGCUGUUACCAUGAAGCUCCUGCAGGAGUUUUCUGGCGCCCUGACGGCAGUACUUGACCGAAUGCAUCACCAGUUCGCUGAGCCCGUCUUUCCAGCGUUCCGGUUUUUUAAGCCAGAAACUGGACAAAUCAAACCUAACCACAUGGAAAUAUGCCACAAUGAUCUUUAAAACUUUCCAAGACAUUUCCAAGCUAUUAGAGGUGGUUCAUGGGAUAAGCUGAUUUUAAACUCAUUUCCAAAUAUUAAUCAUUUAAGAAACAAUUUAAUGUAUUAUAGAUCACAAAGCAUGAUCAAAACUAAGAAUCUAACUGAAAAAAAUAUUCUUUGUGUUUAACUUUCACUUCCUUUCCACACAUAGUAUUUUAUUCCAGUUCACUGCUAUUGGGAACACCACAACUAUUUACUUCAGAUAUUUUCAGAACAUUUUAUAACCUAUUUAAUGGAAUGGAAAUUCAGAAACACAUCCUUUAAAGUACCCUUAGUGCUUUUAGAAACCAAUGACAUACAGUAUUACAUCCCAUUGAAAAAAAAUAAUGAUAGUGAACUCUUAUGUACUUGAAUAUUAACUCAAACACUUCAGUAGAAUAUUACUGCAAAUUAAUUUCAACCUUCUGAAAGUGUAAUCUUAAUACAUUUGUGAAAAAUAUGUGAACAUUUUCAAAGCAUGCUUGAUAAGGGUUCCUUUGGAAAAAUUAAUUACCUGUUGCUUUUUAUAAUCAUUACAAAUAAUUAGCUUGUUUUGUUUUAUUAUGCAGUUAAUGGUUUGAAAAAAACAUAUUUACAUACAGUAGAAAGUGUAGAAUCUGAUAUUAUAUGUAAUCAUGAUAAUUUCAUCAUAGUAAUGCUUUUAAACUAAUGACAGAUUGAUACCACUUCCUUGCUUUAUUCUAUCAGUCCUGCUCUGUGGCUAAGGAUCUGCGCCUGUGGCUGGAAGGUUGCCGGUUCAAAUCCCGCAGCCGGCAGAGGAAUCCUA